AUGGCCGACUGGGCGAAACUCAAGGUCGUUGAUCUCAAAGCAGAGCUCAAGCGCCGCGACCUCCCACAACAUGGCUUGAAGGCUGAGCUGGUCGCGCGCCUCGUCGAAGCCGACGAGAGCGAGGCCGCGCCUGAAGCCAGCAACAAGGAAGAAGAAAAAGAUGGACAAGGUGCGCAGGGUGACUCGUCCGAAAGCCUAGGCAAGGAUGAAGCUGAAACACCAGACGGUACAGCGUCCUCUGAUACGAUAUCAGUCCAAGCACCGACCGAAAUCAAGCUCAGUACAGAGAAAGAGGUCGAAGUGCGAGACUUCGAACCAGAAAAUAAAGACACAGAAGAUUCGAAAGGGUCCGUGCUUAGCGAAGAGCUGCCCCAAAACUCGCUUGAAUCGACUGCCGAAGCGAGAGCACCUUCCGCGGAUAACGAUGUGCCUGAAGCCCUCCGUCAAGAGCCCUCCAGCACCUCCGAGGAGAAUCCGGCAGAGAACCAGCAAGACGAGAUCAUUAUCACAUCCGAGACUGGACGAGAGCCUACGGACGUUUUAUCGAACGAUCCGCCUCCCACCGAACCGGAGUCGCAGAAGCGCAAACGUCGCUCUGCUACCCCAACCCCCGACGCGGAAGCUGUUGCCAAGCGAGCACGUACUCUACAGAGUGAAUUAAUCAAUACAUCAACUGGCGCAGCGAUUUCCAAGCAGGCUCGGCCCGAAAAAUCGGCAGAAGAGGGCACUGGUGAAAGCAUGGAAGGGGUGCAGACUCAGAACAAGCUAGGACAGCCUAUUGGGGGCUCUACAGCAAACAAGGCUGGCCGUGAGCGAGAUGUGCCACCAUCUGUGCACCCCGCCACUACGGCGCUGUACAUUUCCAAUCUGAUGCGACCGCUUCGUCCAGCUGAUAUUCAAACACACCUUGCCGACCUUGCCACUCCUGCCGGUCAAGCCCCCAACGACGAAAUCAUCACUGAAUUCCACAUUGACCAGGUUCGCAGCCACGCAUUUGUCGUGUUCGACAACCUACCAGCGGCGUCCCGAGUGCGGAACCUUCUCCACGAUUGCGUCUGGCCCAACGAGAGUAAUCGUAAAGCUCUAUGGGUGGACUUUAUCCCGCCCGAGAAGGUACCUGCUUGGAUCGAGAAGGAAUCUGGCCAGGGCGGCCGUUCGUCUACCCGCUGGGAAGUCGUCUAUUCGGACGAUGCCAGCGGGAAUGCCGAGGCUCGCCUGGAGGUUGCCUCAGCUGCAGGUCCGCGACCUGGGCCUCCCCCCGCCCCAUCAGCAGCCGGUAGCAGGUUCGCACCCCCCGUGUCCGCCGACAGCGCGAACAACAUCCCCGUCGGCCCACGGUCGCAGAGAGACCCGAGCAUAAGCAACGCACCUACGGGACCCCGUAGCAAGCGUUCCGGCCCCGGCCCACGCCCUCCACCUGGAGUAAUGACCGGAGGCAUGCUUGAUUCAAAGCGGACACAGGCCCAGCCAGUUAUUGGCUACACGCCAGUAUCGGAAGAUCUCGCCCGUCGGCGUCUGGAUAACAUGCGCAGCUUUUAUAAGCGUGACGCGGACCGUCGCGAUCUUGGCCGUGACUUCAACAGAUAUUCGUUUGAAGAUGGAGACGGCUUUGUUGACCGGGGCAAGGAGGUCUUCGAAGGCAUCCGACCCCCCCAUCGCGAACGUGAUCGUCCCGCGCGGGGAGGAUCCCGCGGAGGACCUCGUGGAGGAGGGUUUGGCGGAGGAGGGUUUGGAGGACGAAGGGGAGGACCGCCCCCACCCCGAAGAGGCGGGGAUAGAUACUUCCCCGGCGGUGUUGGUGGUCGUGAUGACCGUCCUCGUCGCGAUUACAGAUAA